AUGUAUGAUGUACUUGUUGAUGUGUUCAACUUGGAAAGAAACCCAGCAAUUAGAAGCGAUGCUCAGACUUUACUUCAAGUAGGAGAAACAUUAAGAAGAGCAUUGUUGAUAGCGCUCAGAGUAUCAUCUAGUCAAGCAACCGAUCAAAAAUUCCAGGAAGUUGCUGUCAAUUUACAAACUGCACUUGGUACACUCGGUAGAAGAAUAAAUGCUGAUUUGAGUGGUUGGGCAGCUUCAGUUAAAAGAAAUGCUGCUGCACGUGAAUUGACCCUUGCUGGUACUGCUAUUGGUCGAAGAGCUACAAUUAAUUACAUGAAGGUUUGUGGAUCAAUUUUUAAUGAUUCAAAUAUUGAACAAAAUGAUGAAAAUAAUUUCAAAAGACAAUAA